CCCGGUUUUUAAAACUAGUACACUCUCCCGAUGGUAAACUCUCCCGGGUCAAAAUUAUGUUUACCUGAAGAAAAUGUGUAAACUCUCCCGGGUCAAUUUUAAGUUUACCUGAAGCAAAUGUGUAAAUUCUCCCGGGCAACAUUAUGUUUACCUACUUAAAAGAAAUGUGUAAACUGUCCCGAGUUGUUUAAAAUGUUAUUGCCACACUAUUGGCUACACUGCAGAUAUUGUAAUUAUCAUUUUAAAUAUUUAUUAUCAAUUGUAUUACUGUUAACCUGUAUUUGUAAUUUAAAUAUUUAAUUACCGUUAACCUAUUUUUAAUUUAAAUAUUUAAAACGAUAUUGAUUUUAAUAAUGGCUCAACCAAGUUUUAAGUAUGUUUUAAGUCAACGGGACAAAGAAGUGUUGAUCAUGUCCUCAUUUAUUUUCCAUAAGCAAUCAACACUAUCAUCAACUGGUGAAGUCAAAUGGAAAUGUAGUGUGAAUAAAUGCACAGCACUUAUAUAUAUUAUUGAUAGGGAAGUUGUCUCAAGAUCAAAUUUAGAACACAAUCACGUUUCUAACGAGCAAAAAGUUCAACGUUUAUGUAUAACGCAAUCGGGAAAACGAAAAGCAAUCGAAAAUAUAUCUGAUGCUCCACGGAAACUAUUACGUAAAGUUUUGCAGGAAAGUAAUAGUGAUGCCAUUGAUACCAGUGACUUAUUAAGAAUUAAAAGAAAUAUGUAUAAUGCAAGACGUAAACUUUUUCCAGCAUUACCCAAAAAUAUUCAAGAAAUUCAUGAUAUACUGAAAACGUUUAAAGUAGAAACUUCAAAAAAUGAAAAUUUUUUGUUGUUAAAUGACGAACAUCAUAAUUUAAUUAUAUUUGCAUGCUCUUCAAAUUUAAAUUGUUUAACAAAUUCAGAAACUGUUUAUUUAGAUGGCACGUUUACAUAUUGCACAAAGUUUUUUAAACAAUUGGUGACUUUACACGGAUUUAUAAAUGGUCAUUAUAUACCAUUAAUAUUUUGCUUAUUAUCAGAUAAAUCUCCCUUAUCUUAUGAGCGAGUAUUCAAGUUUUUAGUUGAUAAAUGUGCUGAAAUGAAUUUAAUAUUUUCUCCUAAAACGGUAAUAGUAGAUCUAGAAAAGUCUAUACAUAAUGCUGUUUUAAAUGUUUGGCCUGAAACAAAAAUAGAGUGUUGUAGAUUUCACCUCACACAAGCAUGGUACAGAAAAAUCCAAGAGUUAGGCCUUUCUGUAGAAUACAGAGAUGACACUAGUGAAGUUGGAAAAUGGCUGCAUUAUAUUUUUGGAUUAGUAUUCAUAGAUCCAAAUGAAGUUGGGAAUGUUUAUGUAUUCACUUUAGCUGCAAUAAUGCCUCCACAAAACAAAAAAUUAGAAACUUUUGCAUCGUAUUUAGUUAAUACAUAUAUUGAUGAAGAAGCAUCAUAUCCUCCAACAAUGUGGGCCUCAGCAUCAUCAUCAACUUCAAAAACUACAAACGCUUGUGAAUCGUUCCAUUCACAUUUCAAUUCAUCUUUCUCUAGUAUUCAUCCAUCUCUAUUUAUAUUUAUUAAUGCCCUAACAGAUUUUCAAAAUGAAGUAUACAUAAAAAUGCAAAGUUAUAACAAACAAAAUAAAUUAAGUAAAAACUCUCAUACAAAAAACAAAGAAAAAAUAAUAGCACAAAAAAUAAAAGACUAUACAGACAAACAAAUAGAUACCUUAAGUUUUUUGAAAUCAGUAUGUUCCUAUUAUUACAAAAAAUAGUAUUUUGAAUAAAAUAUUAUAAUUGACUUUUUUAAUGAAAUUUUAUGAAAUUUAUUUUAUUUUUUGUAUUUUGACUAUAAUUAUUGACCAUGGAAGUUAAAGGCAUUGAUUUUUAUUAUUACUAUUAUAUAGGUAACUGACUUUUUUAAUGCAAUUUUGAUUUUUAAUACAAACUGAAA